ACUAUCAUAUCAUCAUCAGAACCAAACAAAAUAUAUGCCCUUAAAUCUCAACCAUUGCAAAACCCUAAUCCCUCCCCAAGUAAAAGCCUAUUUAUUAUAUCCUCUUUUUCUCUAGAUAUGGACCGAACCAACAAUACAAAAUCCUUUUUCCUCAAGUCCUGCUCCGCCAAUACCGACCUUCACCACCACCAACCGCCGGCUGAGAUGGUGGUAUCUUACAAAGAGUGCCUCAAGAACCAUGCAGCAACUAUUGGUGGCCAUGCCUUAGACGGCUGUGGAGAGUUCAUGCCCACACCCACUGCCACCCCAACCGACCCCACUUCACUCAGAUGCGCCGCCUGUGGCUGUCACCGCAACUUCCACCGUCGUGACCCAUAUGAAGGCCCGACUUACAUCCACCACCAACCGCCACCACUAUCGCUAAAUCCCAGCUCCAGCCCGAGUCCGAGCCCAAGCUCAAGCCCGAACCAGACACCAUCUUCACCAGUUCCGUACUCCUACUACUCCUCCGCCCCUCACAUGCUUCUCGCCUUGAGCACUGCCUAUUCUGGCCGGUCAGACGAAACCCACCACCACCACCACCCCAAUUCGACGAAGACGGAGAACGGCGGCGGCGGGAGGAAGAGGUCGAGGACCAAGUUCAGUGAGGAGCAGAAGGAGAAGAUGUCUGAGUUUGCUGAGAAGCUGGGGUGGAGGAUGCCGAGGAAUGAAGAGAAAUUGGUGGAGGAGUUCUGCGGUGAAAUUGGGAUCACAAGGGGAGUUCUCAAGGUGUGGAUGCACAACCACAAACAGAAUCUGGGAAAGAGAGAAAUGGUUACUGAAAAUAGCAACAGCUGUCCUGAUAAUUAAUUAAGCAUAAUUUGAAACCAAUACUCACCACAAUGAGGGUAGUUUUCACUUUUCAGUUUCUUUGCUUCUUUUAGUUUCUUCAACAUUCGCUCUACAGAGAAAAGCAAGUUAGUAGGGUCUUUUUUUCUUUUUUUUUUUUUAGUUGAGUAAUUGCUAAUCAUUGUUGAAGGAGAAUACCAAGAAAUUAAACUAGGAAUAUGAAUUAGAAGUUAAAUUAAAAAGAAAAUUGUUUUCUAUUUUUUUGGGUUUAUUGAAGGCUUAACUUCACAUUGCAGAGAUUUGAAACUCUAUUGAUCUUACAUCAGAAUUCAAAUCUCUCAUCUUGUUAUCGAUUCAAAAAUUUUAAAUUAAUGAGUAUUAAUCCC